UUUAAAAUUUUUUCUGAUCAAUGGCGACACCUGACGUCGAAAAUUGACAGUUGUUGAUCGAUUUCAUGAUUCUAUAGCACUGUUCCAGAAGAGUUUAUUGACAUUACACUGAUCCAGAAUGUGUUUGUGUUUCAUAAAAAAAAUACCUUUGCCAGCCAAUCUGGUCAUCAUCUAUCUUUUUUCUUUUUAUCAUAUUAAAUCGAUUUUUUCACUUAUAAUAAUGAUGACAAUUAUCAAUUGAAUGGAAUGAUCAAAAUUCCAUUGAAAUGGUCUUAGCCAGAUGGGAUUAUUUGCCUUCAAAUUUGAUUGAAUUGAUUGCAGCCAAUUUUACCGAUUUACAUGAUGUAUUAUCAUGUAUGUUGAUGUGUAAAAAAUGGUAUUAUACAUUAAAUGAUGAUAGAUCGGAUAUAUGGCGAAUAUUCUGUCAAAAUAAUCUCUCAAAAGCUGUAAUGAAAUCGAAUGUAUUAUCAAGUCUGACAUCUUACAAGGCAAAACUUCGUGCCUAUUAUUAUUCCUGGGAUUCGAAUGAAUGUUCAAGGAAUAUUUAUAUCAAACCAAAUGGCUUUACAUUGCAUCGUAAUCCAGUUGCUCAAAGCACAGAUGCUGCCAAAGGUAAAAUCGGAUUCCUUACUGGACGCCAUUGUUGGGAAGUUUGUUGGGAUGGACCACUUGGAACCGUAGCUGUUGUUGGUAUUGCAACCAAAGAGGCCAGUGUUCAAUCACAAGGUUAUAUCGCAUUAAUAGGAUCAAAUCCACAUAGUUGGGGUUGGAAUCUUGUUGAAAAUCAUCUUGUACAUGAUGGCCAUUGUAUUGGAUCAUAUCCACGGCUUAAUAAUGCACCACGUUAUCAAACUGGUGAUCGUUUACGUAUCAUUCUUGAUUGUGAAUCACAAACAUUAGCAUUUGAACGUGAUUAUGAAUUUCUUGGUAUUGCAUUCUAUUCAUUACCUCGUAAACCAUUAUAUCCUGCUGUAUCGGCUGUUUAUGGCAAUACUGAAAUAUCAAUGGUAUAUCUAGGAUAUCCAUUGGAUGGAUGACAAUCUUGUAAAAAAAAACAAUAAAUUUAUUUAAUUAUUAUUGCUAUACAAAUGU